CCGCACAAGAAGAAGGACCACCACAGCUGCACCAGCAAAUAACGAAAGUGGUCCCCGCGACGACAACUUCCUCCUCACCGAAGAAAAGCCGUGGCGGAGGAGAACAAGGACUCCUUCACAUUCCAGCCGCUAACACACAUUCCGUCUCAAACAGCACCACGGCUGGGCUGACCACGCUCGUGAACCACGGGGCAAUGACUGGUGUAGUGGAAAACGCGGGAUCCCGAGACAGUCACGUGAGUGGAAGAUCCAACAUGACGAGCGGCAACGCCGGACGGGCG